AGGUUUGUUGAGCAUUUAGUAUGUUCAGAUCAGAGGUAAGCAUUGAUUUAGCUUUUUACUUGUAAACAGUUCUAUCCUGUAUUCACAAUUUAUUGUCUCACAUAAUUUCAUCAUUCUUUAUUCUCUCUGUCUCUCUCUCUCUUUUUUAGAUUUUCCACCAAAGGAAACAAGAUGGAGAAAAAUGCUACAAUUUCAUCUAAUAUCCUGGAGAUUCAAGGCUUUGACGUCUCUCCAGAGUUCACAUACCCUCUGUUUUUCUUACUUCUGUUUGUUUACUUGUCUCUGCUCAUUUCCAACAUUGGUGUUCUCGCACUCAUCAUCGUGGAGAAGAGUUUGCACCAGCCCAUGUACUUCCUCUUUUGUAACCUUUCUGUCAACGACGUGAUCGGGAACACGGUCCUGCUGCCUCAGCUGAUGGCUCACGUCCUUUCGACAAAACGAUUCGUCACCUACAACCAGUGCGUGGCUCAGGCUUUUCACAGCCACAUGUUCGGAUCAGCGUCCCACCUGAUUCUCGUCAUCAUGGCGAUAGACAGAUAUGUGGCGAUAUGUCACCCUCUGAGGUAUGCCUCAAUAAUGACGAGCAGGACUGUGGUGGGGCUGUCUGCAGUUGCGUGGGGGGUGUCCUUGGUGCUUGUGUCGGUGCUCAUAGGGCUAACAGUGAGGCUGUCUCGUUGUAGAGCCAUGAUCCAAAACGCUUACUGUGACAACGCCUCCCUGUUCAAGUUGUCAUGUGAGGACGUGUCCAUCAACAACCUGUAUGGACUCAUUUUCACCGUGCUGCUUUUCACGUGCUCCAUGGGAGGCAUCCUUAUUACAUACAUGAGAAUAGCUCUCAUCUGCUGGAUGAAGAAAAACAAGGAGCUAAACAGCAAAGCACUGCAGACCUGCACGAGUCACCUUGUGCUUUAUCUUAUUAUGCUUUGGACUGGGUUUUUAACAAUCAUAUUGCAUCGAUUCCCAGACUACCCAGAUUUGAGAAAGAUUGCGUCCAUUUUAUUUCACGUUGUUCCAGCCAAUUUAAAUCCUGUAAUUUACGGAUUGCAAACAAGAUCAUUACGGGUUAAAAUAGCUGAAAUACUGCAGAGAAAGAAAGUGAUUCCUACCUAG